AUGUCACAGGACAACAAAGUUCUCUACCAAGAUUGUCAACCGACGGAUAGUUUGUCAUUCCACUUGUUUGCAGAGGGAAUGGUAGCACGCAUGGGUGACUACUCCAGGCCUUCUGUGGCCCUCUUGGAUCGCCACAUUCAAGCUCUGGGUCGCUUCUUGGACCGCCAAUUCCAUGAAGCCACUUCUAACAUCCAACGCCAAGACAUUGCUCUGGCAGGGCUAGCUAACCUGGUCCUUUGGCUGGGUUGGCUUUGCUCAGCUGAAUGCUUUGGCCUCAAUUGGGAAGACUGCUCCAUUCUGGAGCCUGAGGAUUAUGGGCAGGCGGACCUCCCAAGGAACUGUGGUAUGGUCACCUUCCGACUUAACCCAGUGACUAAAUCAGAACGCACCCGCACGGCCAAUGUCAUUAUCGCGUACACUGCCUGGUCUGGCCUCUGUACCGGGAAGUGGUUCCGUCGGGCACUAUCGUACCGGGUCCGAUGUACAGGACCCGUUUUCUGCCAUGCCAAUGGCAUUGCAUGGACUUCUUUCUCCUUUCGCAGCACCUACCUUUAUCCGAGUCUCUACAAACAACGCCUGGAAGGUGACCCCCUUCUGCUACCAUUUGAUGGUACCCCUUCAAAUACCAUAGAAAGUCGCUUCUGGUCCCUCCACUGCUACCGCCGCGGUGGCCGCUCCCAUGUCUCCCCAGGAGAGAUUUGCGGUGGUCGCCGUCUCACAAUUGCCUCUGAAACCCAGGUCUACGAACAUAGUCGUUGGCGCCUAAUGGAAACCUCGUGA